UCCUUUCCCACUGUCCACCCGCAGCUCCUGUGUAUUGCUGUGUUCGCCGGCGUAGCAUGCCUUGCCCUCGCCGGCGGCGGCCAUGGUGGCGGUUUCGGAGGCGGGUUUGGGCAAAGUUCCGGAGGCUCCCAGAGCGGCUUCAAGCAAGGAGGCGCAGGAUACAACCAGGGCUCAUCAGGCUCCUCUGGAGGCGGCUCGACUAGUAACGUUCAAGGCUACAACAACAAGGAGGGGUUCAGCUCCAACUCAGGCUUCUCGAAGACCGACUCUAACCACCAAGGAAGCGGGUCUGCCCAGCAUUCGGGUGGCUUCGCGGGUGGCUCCUCGGGUCACCAGUCUGGCCAUGGAAGCCAGCACCACGGCCACUCUGGCUGAGGCUAGUAGAAGUCUUUUCAGGUGUGAAGCGUCACCUCCAGCCGUCCUUUAAACAUCAUCUACUAUAACGUUCUACUCGUGCUCUUCCUUACUCCACCACAAAACAGAAGAGAACCGUAAAAACCAUCCAAAAAUGAACAUGUAACACCACAGAACACAAAACUGUUCUUUCCUUUUAAAAAGAGUACGUAUUUUUGUAAUAAAAUUAUGCAUUUGUAUUAUA